CUGUCCUUGUUAAAAAUAGUUUCAAAGUCAUGACGAUUUACUUCAAAUUGAAUUUCCAUUUUGUAUGAAUUGUCUUACAUUUACAAUCAUAUCUCUUUUUCCAGGUCAAAUGAUUGUUAGAUAGGGAAUAAUUUCUUUAUUUCCAAUAUGUUAAUUUUCAAAAAGCUGUCGUUGAGGCCGUUUCCAUAUCUUUCAGUUCGAUUAAAAUCUUUAAAACCAUACUCGAGGCACUCAUUUUUAUCAGGUGAUUAUGACAUCACAAAGUCAUUUCCUAAAGACUCUUAUGAAUUUAAUUACAUACGAAACCUUGCUAAUGGAAUUAAGAAUGAAGAUCGGGCCACACUCGCUCGUGCUAUAACUUUAGUUGAAUCAACAAAUAAACAGAAAAAAUUAAUGGGACAGAUUUUGCUACAAUUGGUAAUAUCGGAAACAUCAAGAUCUUCGCAAAAAUCUUUUCGAAUCGGACUUUCUGGACCCCCAGGCGCAGGGAAGUCUACAUUCAUUGAAACAAUGGGAAGCUACCUUACUGAAAAGCAUGAUUUAAAAGUCGCAAUUCUAGCUGUAGACCCCUCUUCAAGUCGAACAGGGGGGUCACUUCUCGGAGAUAAAACAAGAAUGACAAACUUGUCUCGUAACCCGAAAGCAUACAUUCGUCCUUCACCUGCUCAAGGUACACUAGGUGGCGUAACACGAAACACUACUGAAGCUAUGAUAUUAUGUGAAAGUGCUGGUUAUGAUGUCAUAAUAGUAGAAACUGUCGGUGUCGGUCAAAGUGAAGUUGCAGUUGCAGACAUGACUGAUUUAUUUGUAUUACUCAUACCACCAGCUAGUGGCGACGAACUUCAAGGCAUCAAAAGAGGGAUUAUAGAGAUGACAGAUCUAGUAGUAAUAAAUAAAGCUGAUGGCGAUUUACUUCCAGCUGCUAGAAGACUACAAUCGGAAUACACGAGCGCUCUGAAAUUUAUACCACGUAAACAUAAUUUUUGGAGACAACGAGUACGCAGAGUGUCAUCUUUAACAGAAGAAGGUAUCCCGGAACUGUGGUCCGUGAUGCAAAUAUUUCACGAGGAAAUGAUUAAAAGUGGGACUUUUGAAUCAUUGCGUAGAAAUCAAAGAGCCAUUUGGAUGUGGAAUCAUAUAAAAGAUAAUAUUUUGGAAGAUUUUGCGAGUGAUUAUGAUGUAUCGAAAGCGCUUCCAAGUUUGGAAGAACAAGUUAAAAAUUGUAAAAUGACUCCUGGCCUUGCAGCUGAUUUAUUAUUGAACUGUUUAUUUAAAAAAGAUGAUAAAAAUAGAUAACAUGAAUGCAAUUCAUUUUGUCGUUUUCUUAAUUCUUAAGUUCUUUCCUAUCAUUUUUUUUAUAUGAUGAGUGCUCCAAAAAAACCCACACAUUCUUAGGUAGUGAGAUACUAUAUUUUCUAAAGUGGGGGGUGUGGUACAUAUUUUUAUAAUGAAUUCUAAUUACCUCCGUGAGAUUUUGAAUAGUACAGACCAGAAAUACUAAAAACCUGUGGCAGUUGACCAAUUAUAGACAAACUGAUUCAAUGAUGAGGUUUCAAUAUGUAUUAAUUUAAAGAUUUUUAUGCAUGAAGGACAUAAAGUAAUUGAGACAUAUGAUAUGGCUUAUUAAGGUAGAAAAAUUCAAUCAGAAUGCAUUGAUUGCAAUUAAUAAUUGAUUAACUGACUAUGGAUACAUUUUUCAAAUUUAGGAAUAUUAGUUAAGGAGAAAUGCUAUUAAACAUGGGACGCAAAUCUAGUAAAAAAAUAGUUGAUGUACAUUUGAUUUCUUCGUUAAUUUACCAUUAUUCAUAUCAAUUUAUAUCUGAGGAAAUUUAAUGCAUGGCAUGAUAAUUGAAAUGAAAUAUAUCCGGAAGCAUGCCAGCAUUGUAAACUGGGUGUAUAUUUCCUGUUGUAAGCUAUUCAGGAAAUGCUGCACUUGUGCUGCCACUUCACGCUUCAAACUCUUAGUAAUAUAAACUAUCAAGAUUUAAUAGGCCCAGUCUAGUUUUGUAAGACGGUAUUUCUUGUGUUUACUUCGAACAAUACUCCGAACGAGAAGGUAUUAUCCUAUUAAUGAAUUAAGUUUGGCUCCGAUUACUUGAUUGAGUUCGGAUCAAAGAUCUGAAACCAGCGAUGCAAUUUACUAAAGUCUGUUGCAUAUAGGCAGGGCAUCCUGGUUAGGCUCUGGAUCCACUACUUCCAAGCAGAGUUGAAUGUGACUGGUGGUAAUAAUCUGAACAUAUGUAUAUGUAACAUGCGGUCAAAUCUUGCUAAAGAAUACUAGUUUGCAUACAGCGGAACUUUAUUUAUUGCAUGUCCGACACAGAAUGUAACUUAUUCUUGCAAUUUUGAUGCCUGUGAAAGCGAAAGCAUUUAUUGUUUUCUAAAUUGAAUAUCCUUAUAUAAAUGCCGGUACUAUAUAACUUAUAUUAUGCAAAGUAUGCUAAUAAAAAUGCCAUUAUAUUGUGGUAAUUUUUACCUGGCAUUUGCAAUAUGCUUUUUUAAGGUUGGACAGCGCUUAAAAAUAAGUUGUGUAUUGAAUUACAUGUAAUAGCUGGGUAAUUUUACAGCUUAUCUCUAACAAAGAUGGCUCAAACUUGCGAAUAUUAAUUAUAGUUUCACGUGUGACUUGACCUAUUGUUUGCUUUUUUUUUAUUUUUGCUUCAAUAAAUUAUAGUCUGAUCAUGCAUGGAUCAUACUAAUAAUAUACAAAACAAAUAUUUUAACUAGGUUUGAUAAUGAUAAUGUUUUUAUUUGUUAAACUUCAG